AUGCAGGCCUACAGCUGUGUGGAGCUCUUUGCGGGAAAGGCCUGGAUCAGCCGCUGUUUCAAAUUGGGCGGGUAUCCUACAGCGUCACUAGAUGUCGCAUACGGUGCCUCUCUUCCGAAUGCUGCUUCCCGGGCCAUGGAUCUAACCACGACUGCUGGAAUGUCGUUGGCAAUUGCUACAGUUCUGUCUGGACGACAGGAACUCAUGGCAGGACCUUAUCGGACCCGCUGGGGCGGGACUGGUUCCCAUCUGUUCGCACCGGAAAUAUGCUUGCUUCUCGGAACCUCGGGUGCAAAUU